UGAUUGUCCUUUUCUCUUGCGACUGGGUCACACUUUCCUGAUUCUCUUUAUAUCGAAUGAUUUUGAAUUGUCUGCUGGACAUUAUCCUACUGUAAAGACUCAAGAUUUUGUUUUAUUUCUCCAAAGAAUGUUGGUGUUUUUGCUUUAGCAGGCAGUUAAUUUGGUUGAACUCAAACUGCAAACGUUUCCUCUUGAGCAAGAAGUUCAAAUAACACUUCCGUUCUUUUAACACAUUAUUGACCCGGGGAUUUUUGCAGAAACUAACACCUGUGGCCAAAAUACAUCUCCAGUCAAAAAUGUGUUAACUCUAGCAGUUAACUCUGCUUCACAUCUUCCUUGAGCGUGCAGGUUCUAGAGUCAACCCAAGCCUGGGGCAGAAUUUGCACUGGAAUUUGGUGCUCUCUCUAUCUCUCUCUGAAUUUUUCUUUUCUGAGAUUCUCUCCUCACUUUCCAGUGAUUGUAGUUGCCCUGAACUCUGUCCUCUGGUUCUUCAGGCAAUAGAGACUAUGGGUUUUCUAUCUGAGUUUCAACCAUCUUUUGUGGCACUGACUUUGGCCUUCUCUCAAGCUAAAAGCCACUGAAAACAAGAAACCCAUCGGUUGCCAUCCUUUCUUUGAAGAUCCAUCCCUCCCCUCCCUGACAUGACCCUGUGAACCUAAAUAACUUCAGGUCAUUGAUUUGGGGGAGGAAAGGGAUCCAGGGUUUUUUGUAAUUUUUGUCUAGGGUCUUGUAGGACCCUACAGAAACAGAACUAUCUCUUUUAUUGCAUUAUGCCUCUCUGUGUAAGUUUUUGUUUGCAGGAAGGUUCCACUACUGAAAAAUAAAACUGAAAGCUUAAAAAUCCACUGUACUUACCCAAUUUCCGGCCAGUUUUCAUUCCUCUAACAUCACUUCUGAGUGACGUGUGUGUCCAGCCUUUGUGGCCAAUGCCUCCAGGGAUAGAAACCUCAUCCUUUUCCCCCUGUGGUUUCUCUCCCCACUCCUCAGCUUGCCAAGGCCCAGCACAGGCUCUCUCUGUCUGAGUCUCCUCAGUGACGGAAUGUUAGCAAAGCUCCUGGGAAGGAAAAGCUGGUUGAGUUCCAGUUGCUAAGCGCUGCAUUUCUUUGAUGAACAUUUCACAUGGAUGUUUUUGGUGGAGGAGGGUAAUAAAAGAAGGACGUUUGCAACUGACUUCUGGUUGAUACUCAAAAGAGCCUGGUUGGCCUGGCAUCUGCCUGCGUGCAUGUGGCAUUUUGGAACUGAGCUGAGGAAGGCCACUGGCCUAGGACAUCUGCUCCACUGGCCCGCUAAGGAAGGAGACAGGAAGAUGACGGUGUGAGUCAGAAGCAACAAAUGAUACUCUGGGUCCCCGGACAUUUUUUCUCAGGAAUCCCAAUGAUGUAUUUGAACCAAUCCCACUGAAGGAGGAUGAGGACCAAAAUGAAAGUGAAUUCGCAGAAGACAGAUUAAGCUCCGGCAACAGAAGCAGUCCUCCUCAAAAAUUACCCCGCGAGUUCAUCUCAAAAGAUGCCUCAGGAUAUCUGACCAGCACCUGGUUGACGCUCUUUAUCCCCUCCGUCUACACCGGCGUGUUCCUCGUCAGCCUUCCUCUGAACAUCAUGGCCAUCGUCGUGUUCACCUUGAAGAUGAAGAUCAAGAAGCCCGCCGUGGUGUACAUGCUGCACCUGGCCAUGGCAGACGUGCUCUUUGUGUCUGUGCUCCCGUUUAAGAUCAGCUACUACUUUUCCGGAAGUGACUGGAGAUUCGGGUCUGCCAUGUGCCGCUUCAUCACCGCUGCGUUCUACUGUAACAUGUAUGCCUCUAUCAUGCUCAUGACGGUCAUCAGCAUUGACCGGUUCCUGGCUGUGGUAUACCCCAUGCAGUCGCUCUCCUGGCGUACUCUGGGGAGGGCUUCCUUUACCUGUCUGGCCAUCUGGGCCAUGGCCAUCGCGGGGGUGGUACCUCUGCUCCUCAAGGAGCAGACCACCCAGGUCCCGGGGCUCAACAUAACCACCUGUCACGAUGUGCUCAACCAAACACUGCUCGAAGGCUACUACUCAUAUUACUUCUCGGCCUUCUCUGCCAUCUUCUUUUUUGUGCCGUUGAUCAUUUCCACAGUCUGUUACGUGUCUAUCAUCCGAUCUCUUAGCUCUUCCACGGUUGCCAACCAGAGCAAGAAGUCCCGGGCUUUGUUCUUGUCAGCUGCUGUUUUCUGCAUCUUCGUCCUUUGCUUUGGACCCACAAACAUCCUGCUGAUUCUACAUUAUGCAUUCCUUUCCCAUAAUUCCAUGACAGAGGCUGCCUACUUUGCCUACCUCCUGUGUGUCUGUGUCAGCAGCAUAAGCUGUUGCGUUGACCCCUUGAUUUACUACUAUGCUUCCUCUGAGUGCCAGAGGUACCUCUACAGUAUCUUAUGCUGCAAAGAAAGUUCAGAUCCCAGCAGUUAUAACAGCAGCGGUCAGUUGAUGGCAAGUAAAAUGGACACCUGCUCUAGUAACCUGAAUAGCAGCGUGUACAAAAAGCUGUUAACUUAGGAAAAGGGACCGACAGUGAGUUAUAAAGAAAAUGUCAAAAAAGCAAAUAACCUGAGGAUUCUACUUAGUCCCUGACAAAAAGUAUUUACUUUACCAUCUAAAACAACAAAUGUGUGACGUACAUGCCUCCUUAUGAGAGCCAUUAAGCAUAUAUAUUUGUUAGUUACAGGAAAAAAAAAUAACAGGAAUAGAAAACAAUGUUAUUACAAGAGAGUGUUACAACAAGAACUGAAAUGUCACUUUUUUCGUAAAUUUACGUGAUGUAUUUUAGAUAUAUGUGUGUGUAUAUGUGUACUUAUACACAUAUACUUGUAUCAUUUGCAGUGCAGCAUAGAAUAGGCACUUUGAAACCCUCUCUUUUUUUCACCAGAGAUUAUGGAAGUAAACUCUGAUUCUCUGAUUUCAUAUGCAAAGUUUAGGCUGGAGUUUAGCUCUGAACAUCUGAAGAAGUCCAUCAAUAGUGAGGGAUUCUACAGUUUGUACUUAUACAACUUUUGCCAAUAAGUGUUUUGAAAUUGUCCAACAGCAAUGUUUAAGUUAUUGAGGGAUGAGACUUAGUACUAUCUGUGUGUAGAGAAAGUUCUGCUGUUUUUCAUGUUAAAUGUAUCAAAGUUUGAAUUCUAAAAAUUAUUAGAACAGAUAAUAUGGGUAGCAUUUUUGCUGUUUUACACGCCGUGUGUGGAAACUAAGAAUGAGCAGAGGUCCCACCAGUGACCUGAGGCUGGCUUUCAAAGCACCGUGCCCCCAAAUGAAGGACUCCAAGCAGUAGAUACAAGACAGGGCCAGUUCAGAGAGAUCAGGACCACCGUGUUUGCUAUCUCCUGCUGGGAUUCCCUCAAGGAUUGGCCGUGCGCUUAUCAUGUUUAUUAGAAGUUGGCGAAGUAGGAUGUGCUAUCCCAAGAGAUAAUGGAUAUAAAAGACUGCCCAUUUUAAGAAUGGAGAAAGAAGACACGUUCACUUCUAGCAGUUAUGCUGCAAGGACCAUUCCCAGGUGGAAACACCUAUAUAGCAAACAUGGACACCCAUCGUGUGCUCUAAGCACUCUAAUGGGUGCUGGGCAAAUAGAGUUGAGUCAGACUGAAACCUGCUCUCAAGAAUAACAAAGUGGGCCGAUACACAGAGUGGGACGUGUGAAAGAAACACAUCAUUAGGUAAAGAAGUGCUUUUAGCCAGAUGUCACCAAGCAAGUUCCACAUAAUCCUGGAAGGUAAAGAACUUUGAACAUUUGGGUUACUUCUUCCUGUGGUUAUAACUUGAGAUAAACAUAAUAUAGUACAGGAAGCGUGUUUUUAAAAAUAACUCCUUCAGUAACAGAAUAUGAAAUGUUUUAUUACAAUGUUAUUCAAGCAAGAUAAAAACUAUAAAUUCUGUACAUAAUAUGAUCGCCAAUCUGACUAUGUAUCAACAUGAAAACAAAGUUUUACAUAAAAGAGAUUGAAAAAAAUAAACCAGAAUGACAACUAAGGAUAAAAAAAGAUUAAGUCCUUCAGUCUGUCUUAAUUGGGCCCUAUUUACAAAUGUUUUGUUCAAUAAGUUACUCAAGUCAGAUUUUUAAAACAUUAAUUAUGUUAGUCAGAUUAGAAAUGGCAGAAGAAAAUGGAAUUGACUUUGAAAUCCAGGAAAAUUAUUCUCUAUUUUCCAUUCACUUUUCUUAAGAGUUAAUGAGAUGAUUUUAUAAGCUAUGAUGAGUAUCAAGUACAGAAUAUCCUCAUGUAUUUGAGAAAAUAAUUUGAAAAUUAGGUUGAAUUAUAUCUUUUUUCCUUAUGAAAAAAUGUUGGCGUUUUAAACAAACAAAAAGAGUAGAAACUUGUAAGGCAAGUACUUACCUAUUUAAAAGAGCAAAUUGUUUCCAAAUGCCAUAGAACGAUUUACAUAAAAGUAUGUCUUGUAAGUAGAAGCUAACAUUGUUUUUAUUAAUUUAGUUACGAUAUUCAUUUUAUCCAACUUAGUGGAGAUAUACUGUCAUUGUUCAUUCAUUCUGUUUAUAUUAAAAUACCUCUGACUUAAUAAGACUCAUUACUGUAUUAUCAGUAUGUACUUAUAAAAUAUUACAUCACUGUUUUUAUGUUCUUUUUUUAAAAAAUUGUAUGUAACCUCUAUUAAUAAACCUGAAAGUUUGCUUGG